AUGGCGCGUGCUUGGCCUCCCGGCGCCAAGAACCGUCCCAGGCUUCGCUGCAUCUCCGGCUCUAGCGAGGCGUUCCGGGGCGACCAGGAAAUUGUAGAGAGUUCCAAAGCUAGGAGAAAAACGGCAGCUGAAGCAAUAGAGAUUCUGACAGAUGCUUACCAGUCCCCCACUUAUUCAGAGAAAACAAUGGACCGGAUAGCUGAGAUGAAAGGGAUAGGUGGAGCUCCAUUUAGGAAGAGGGAACAAGCGAGCUUCUCAACAAAGCUCUUUGUACUCACCAGAAGGUCAUUUGUGAAUAUGCACAGGGACAUAGGAUACUACUGGAUGCGCUUGGGUGUUUACCUGGGCAUUGGCAUUUGUCUUAGCACCAUAUUCUACCAAGUUGGCCACAGUUACAGUUCCAUCAAGUCUAGAUGUGAAGUAAUAAUCUAUACGAUGACACUUCUUACCUUCAUGGCUACUGGAGGAUUCCCUUCUUUUGUAGAGGACGUAAAGGUAUUCAGAAGGGAGAGGCCAAGUGGCCAUUACGGCGUGGCGGAGUUUGUGAUCUCAAACACAUUGUCAGCCACUCCAUACCUGGCCGUCAUCGAUGUGAUCCCUGGCGCAAUGUUGUACUACCUUACCGGGCUAAUGAAAGGACCUGACUGCUUCACCUACUUCGUCGUCAACCUGUGCAUGUGCACACUGCUGGUGGAGAGCAUGAUGAUGAUCAUCACCGUCGUCGUCCUAUACUUCGUGAUAGGGAUCAUCGUCGAGGCCGGGGAGCAAGGGGUGAUGAUGCUCAAUGGAUUUUGUUUUCGUUGUUGA